UCUACUGAUCUGCAUCCAAUUUCUCAUUAUCUCAUCCAUUUCCUUAAUUUACACUGAUAUCUUUAAAUCUUUUGCUUCACUUAACAACCAUGGUUUCUGGAACCAUUUUGGCAGAGCACACCUCUGCAGUCCCAGCAGAUAGGCUAUGGAAAGCAUCAUUCUGUGAUGGCCAUAACCUCAUCCCUAAACUUCUUCCCGGAAUCAUCUCAAGCAUUGAUAUACUUGAAGGAGAUGGUGCCGGGGUUGGAUCCGUCAAGAAGUUCAACUUCACCGAUGUUAUCAAGGACUAUAGCUAUGUCAAGGAUCGUGUGGAGGUGAUGGAUCAAGAGAAUCACAUAGUCAGGUAUUCUACCCUUGAAGGCGGUGUUAUUGGUGUCAAAGUGAAGUCCUACAGUGUUGAGAUUAAUUUGACAUCAACCAAUGAAGGAGGAUGCUUGUCCAAGAUGAAGAUUGAAUAUGAAUCAAUCGGGGACAGCUUACUAUCCGAGGAAGAUGCCAAUGAUAUGCAGCAAGGAAUCUUUGCUAUGGUGAAGGCUAUUGAUGCUCACCUGGUGGAAAACCCUACUGCUUAUGCGUGACCAAAUAUGAAGUCUUGUGGGCAUCUUUAAUGGGUUCAGAAUUCUGGUGUUUGCUACGACGUUUGUGUGUAUUUGAUGUUUUAUCGCAAAUGAAAUAAAUUACUUCUGUCAUGAAGAUCCAUAAA